UGUCUUGCACACUACAAGGCCACUGCAUACAACUCAGCAGUGUUUGGUUCCUUUGCCACCUCUGCCUGAGAAAGGAGGAGAAGUACGUUAUGGUUUGAUCCCUGAGGAGUUUUUCCAGUUUCUCUAUCCUAAAACAGGAGUUACAGGGCCUUACAUGUUGGGAACUGGACUCCUGCUUUACUUUCUCUCUAAGGAAAUCUAUAUAGUUAACCACGAGACAGUUGCAGCUGCCUGCACGUUAUCAGUCAUCAUUUAUGGUGUAAAAAAAUAUGGGUCUCGUGUAGCAGCUUUUGCUGACAAACUUAAUGAGGAGAAAGUCGCUAACGUUUUAGCUGUGAAAAAUGAGGCUAUUAAAGAUCUUGAGACUGCCAUCGAACAGGAGAAGAAGGAGCAAUGGCGUGUUGAAGGCCGCAGUUACCUCUUUGAUGCUAAGCGGAAUAAUAUUGCAAUGUUGCUGGAAACUAAUUAUCGGGAAAGAUUACUGACAGUGUACAAUGAAGUAAAGAAAAGGCUGGACUAUCAAGUGGCUAUGCAGAAUUUAAAGCGUCAGAAAGAACAAGAUCACAUGAUUCAGUGGGUGGAGAAAAAUGUUGUUCAGAGCAUCACACCUCAACAGCAGAAGGAGAGUAUUGCAAAGUGCAUCUUGGACCUGAAGGCAUUAUCAAAGAGCGCACAGGCAGCAGUGUAACCACGUCUCCUUCCACUGACGUUUGUCUCCUUACUUACUGUUGGAAACUGUAUGAUUCUAAAGUAUCAUUAAACAAACAAACAAACAAAA